UCAACCGUACAUGUUUGAACCGGAGUCCGAUCCAGAAACAACGGCAGAACAACCAGAACCAGCUUCACAACCUAGACUGGAGCAAGACGUUUCCGAGUGGUGUACUUGUGAAAACUGUUCAACAAUGCCCACCGAAGUUGAAAACGUCUGUUGCCAAGAAAUACGAAAGCUGCGGCCAGACAUUCCCACCUCUCCCGAGCAUGACUCACUAUGUACUGCUUACACAUGCAGGGAGAUAUGGAUAUGCUCCAUAUGGCUUUUUCAAGAAAAUAGGCAUCUGUGGACCCACACCAUGGCCCUUUAUUGGGACAUUUUUGGAAUACAGAAAGGGCAUCCACAAUGUUGACACAGACUGCUUUCAGACAUAUGGAAAGGUGUGGGGGUUGUACGAUGGCAGGAAGCCUGUAAUGGGUAUAAUGGACACAACUAUGAUCAAAACAGUCUUGGUUAAGGAGUGUUAUUCUAAUUUCACCAACAGACGGGAUCUGGGCCUGAAUGGACCCUUAUACGAUGCUAUAUCAAUAGUAGAAGAUGAAGAAUGGAAGAGAAUUCGCAGUGUACUCUCUCCAUCUUUCACCAGUGGACGACUGAAAGAGAUGUACAAGAUAAUGUUGCAACACUCAAGUAACCUGAUGAAGAGUCUUCACAAGAAAGCAGAGGCAGAUGAAGUCAUAGAGGUUAAAGAAGUUUUUGGACCUUACAGUAUGGAUGUUGUGACCAGCACUGCCUUCAGCGUGGACAUUGAUUCCAUCAACCAUCCCACUGAUCCUUUUGUAGCAAACAUUAAGAGAAUGGUCAAUUUCAACCUCUUGAAUCCCUUGCUUGUAAUUGUGGCUCUGUUUCCAUUCAUGCGGCCUAUUUUUGAGAAGAUGAAUGUGUCCUUGUUCCCUGCUGAAGUGUCUGAUUACUUCUACAACUUUCUAAAGAAGGUCAAAUCAGACCGGAAGAAGAAUGAACACAAAAACCGAGUGGACUUCAUGCAGUUGAUGGUGGACUCUCAGAUUUCGGAGAACAAAGAGGGUACAAGCUCCCAAAAAGGGCUGACAGAUCACGAGAUCCUUUCUCAGGCCAUGUUAUUCAUCUUUGCUGGCUAUGAAACCAGUAGCAGCUCACUGGGAUUUUUAGCGUAUAACCUGGCAACCCACCCUCAGAUCCAAAAAACCCUACAAGAUGAGAUUGAUGAAACCUUCCCAGAAAAGGGUCAGCCAACCUAUGAAGCCCUGAUGCAGAUGGAAUACCUCGACAUGGUGGUGAAUGAGUCAUCGAGGCUUUACCCUAUUGCUAGUCGAUUAGAGAGAGUUGCAAAGGCUUCUGUGGAAGUGAAUGGUGUGACUAUCCCUAAAGGAACCGUCAUCAUGAUACCAGUUUACACUCUCCACCGUGACCCUACUUUGUGGCCUGAGCCUGAGGAGUUCAAACCUGAAAGAUUCCGCAAAGAGAACAAAGACAACAUAGAUCCUUAUGCCUUCCUACCAUUUGGAGCAGGGCCAAGAAACUGUAUUGGCAUGCGAUUUGCUCUCUUGAUGAUGAAGUUGGCCAUAGUGGAGAUCCUACAGAAGUUCAGCUUUGUCACGUGCAAGGAGACACAUGUUCCAAUGGAGCUGGCAAGUGAAGGAUUUCUCUCACCCAAGAAUCCCAUCAAACUGAAGCUGGAGCCCAGAACAACUGUUGCCGAUUCGCCCUAAAGCUAACUCUGAUUAUCUGAAACAUGCCAAUUCUCACUAUUAAUCUGCUUCACUAUCAAAUCAAGUCACCAGUUUAUGCUUCCUCGAGUACCUCUUAGAAUAGAUUUGAAAUAUGUAAAACACACAAACUUACCAUUUACCUAUAGCACUGGUUCUCAAACUGGAGGGUGUGGAUGACCAGGGGGAAACUGUGUUGAAUGAACAUGAUUUAUGUAGGGAAAUAAAAAAACAACUCUUUGCUUAUCGCGCUGACCUGAAUCCUUUAUUUUAUUUCAAUCAAAUUCAACCAGGCUCCUUUUUUUAGUUGUUGCUGCCCCAGUAAUGUUAAUGAUUGAUAAGCAUAAAAUUUUUUUCUGCUUCUAUUUUCCCCACUUUUUCUUUUGCAGACAUCUCAAAGAACAUUUGAGUUAAACUUUACCCGUCCUGGCCUGAGACACAAGGAAGGAUCUGUGUUCAUGUGCUCAACGUGCAAGGACAGAAAAAGUUUGAGAACCACUGGUUUGUAUGCUGUAGCAUUUACUAGACCAAAUGUAGAAUUUAAGUUUCCUUCAAACCAGUCUACAGCAUAAAACUCAAUGUAAAUCUGAUUAAAGGGCAGAAUUUAAAACAUCUUGCAAAACUGACAUUCUUUCAACGAGGAAUUUCAUAACAACAUUUACUAUGUACGUCAUAAUUGCAGUGAGAAAAACUGUAAAGCCCAGGCAACAACUUGAAUCCAAAAGCAUGGUUCUAAACAAACCACUGCUGAUGUGUUUUGUAAUUUCAGCAAUAACAGAAUUCCUUUGCAAUAUGUUA